AGACGCUAUAUAUGUGAAAUCGUGGAGAGCACCGAGGACUGCUUAGCAAAAGUAAAAAAUCAAUUUAGUUGAUUCAUAAACGAUUUGCAUCUCGAAGAAAAUGUGAUUCAAUGCAAAUGCACGACGAAAAAUAUUGUAAAAGUGACAUCCCUAAGAUGGAAACUGAUGAAAAGGUAGUAAUACCGAAAGAAGAUGAUGAGGACUUGGAGGAUGGAGAAAUAGAGUCUGAUGGUGAAGAUGCGGCAGCAGAGGAAGUCACAAAGGAGGCAGAAGUUACUAAAAACUCAAAACCAGAGAGUAGGCCUUCUGAGAACCUACAAAAGAGUCAUGUAAAUGAACCCGCCCCGGUCGAUGAGUGGGCGGUACGUGUUGAGAAAGCAAUUGCGAAUGUCUUGAAGAAAGAUGGCAUCGAGGUAGCGGAACCCACUGAGAAAACAAGUCCCGUAAAGGUUGCACCUGGACCAUCCACACCGUCACAGAAUAAGCGCCCCAGGGAAUCAGGUGGGGGGCGCAAUGAUGGGGAGAAACUUUCCAAAUCGCAACGAAGGAGAAAACGACGACGGGAGGAUGCAAAGGAUUCCAAGAGGAAGUCAUCUAAGAAUGACAACAAGGAUGAAGGUGUUGAUGACUAUGAGAUGCUCUGUGUUCGUGGUGGUAGUCCACCGAGGAGGGAAUUCGAUAAUGAAUCAGAGCACAGUUACAGCAGCUAUUCCAGCUACGACUCAGGAGACUACCGACCUCAAAGGAAGCGACAGCGGGAUAGAAGACGUGGUGGUGGGAGUUCAGCAUCCGGGAAGCAUUUUGAUAAACGACGUCAGCAUCACGAUUCAGAUAAUGAAUCCCGUCAUCAACGUAAAAUGGAAUUGUGCAAAUUCUAUUUAAUGGAUUGCUGUGCAAAGCGCGAAAAGUGCCUGUAUAUGCAUUCUGAUUUCCCUUGUAAAUACUACUAUCUCGGACUGAAUUGCAUCAAUCGCGACACAUGUAAAUUUUCACAUGGACGACCGCUAACGAAUCAACUGCGCGGUAUUCUGUUGAAGCAUCUGGAGACGGCACCAAAGGAAAUUCUGGGCGAUUUCCCACGCCUGGGGCGUGAUCAUGCUGUAAACAUGUUAAAUAUAACGCAUAAGAAGCUCACGGCGGAGCAGGAGGAGAUAGAUAGUAAGAAUCAAAAGCCCAGGAAGAGUAGAUGGUGUGGGGAAACACGAAAGAAGCAGUCACAGCCAGCAAAAGAAGAUGUACUCAGCUUGAAGCAUCUAACUAAUGUCUUAACGCAGGAUCAAAUAAGUCGAAUGGCCACAAUGGGUAUUGAGACGUUGGAUCAGGUGCAGCAUUUGACAUUUAUGCAAUUAACAGAACUGGGAUUGAGCUUCCAGCAGCUCAGUGAGAUUCAACUCAACACGAUGAAUUUCGUCAAGUUGGGCCUUGUAAAGGGAUCCGAUGGGGAGAAGGGUGAGGAGAAGGAGAGUGAAAAGGAUGAAAAGGAGAAGCAAAACGAGAAGCAGAAUGAGAAGGUAGAAGAGACUGAGAAGGUGAAAGAUGUGGACAUGAGGAUGAUGGAGAUUGCAUCACCAGAUCACGAGGAAAAUAUGAAAAAAGAACAAGUUGUUUGCAACUUUCUCUCUCCAUCGCCUGAAGGUGGUGAACCGGGACCUAAUCCAGAUGAGCCAAAGUUGUUGAUUGAUGAAUCAUGGUAUAGUGAUGAUGAGCCCCCGAAGGAAGUUGAAAAGUCUCCGAGUGAUACAGAGUCCUCGUACUGGCCUCCCAAGCCAGCAGUUGUUGAAGCAUCCGAUGUUUCACGUGUUGUCGGUGGUUCUCUCUCCAAAAUUGACUAUUCCUCCCAAAUACUCCUCCCAACAAUAGCUCCAGAGCCAAUAAAUGAUUCAAUAUCCGCAAGAGAUCCACGGCAAAUUAAAGAGAUUGAUUCACCGGAUAAAGGAACAACAAGGCCCAGCAUUUAUGACCAGGGACCCAUUGGGAUGGAAGAGAUGGGAGAUCAGGAUAUGAGACUGCCCUUAUUUGGGACACCGGAAUUACCACAUGUAGAUGCGAGUAUGAAGGAUGUGGAUUUGAGGCUUCCAUUUAAACCACUCAUGACAAAUUACGUUCCCGCAACGGAGAUUGAUGCUUCGUUAGCCUCACAUCCACCGUUUCCCUAUAAAGUUGUUGAAUGUGAUAUCCCACCUCCGGACUACCGUGAGAUCCGGAAGCGUGCACCUGCUCAGGGCAAUACCCAAGAUCCCCGAUUGCGACGUAUUCUGAGUUUACGAGAUCCUGAGGAGGAGCCUGAACCUGCAGAAGCAGCACGAGCGCCAGCCGCGGCAACUGCACGAUUAGAUCCUCGACGAAAGCGCGAAGAGGCACCCAAAACGGCACCACCAGCAGGUGGUAUUGAUAUACAGCAAGUGCUCCAGAAGUCUCCAUGGUACAAAGAUCUAGGAUCAAAGAAUAAGAUCAUGGUUAAUCAGCAGUUGGCUCUGCUUUCGGCUGAACUGAAGCGCUUUGCCGCCGACACAACACCAUCAAAGGUCUUCGAUAUGACUGUUGUGACUCACAAUCCCACGCUACAGCAUAUCCUCCUCCAGUUGGGUAUACGUCUGAGUGAGAAUGGACAAUUUACACUGGUUGAGGAGAAUCAGCAACAAUCACAGAGCAUGAUGGAUUGGAUGCAACCACCUAUACGGCCGAAUUUUAUGCCACCGGCAACAAGGCCGGGACUUCUUGGGGCGCCACCCAUGCAUCCACCACCUGGACAAUUUGAUGGUUUCUAUAACGCGCCAAUGCAACCAGAUUUCUUUUCUCAUCCACCACCUGGAGACAUUAACAGGCCCAGGGCACCAUUUCGCGGAAGAUCUGAUCGAUGGAGUGGACGUCCUGGACGUAGGCACUUUGAUUCAUCGCGUUCCGGAAGGCGCGACAAGUCAUCAAAGAACUAGGCUUUUUCUUUUAUUUUUUUUUCUUCCUCAUCAACAAUUUAGUUAUGAAAUUGGCCAAUAAAAUGUACUAUAAUAUUCUAAAAAAAAAA